AUGGUAGUGUAUUAUAAAGAUAGAAUAUAUAAAAAUGUCAAUUUAUUAUUACAAAGACUUGAAAAGAGUACUGAUACAUUUUCUGAAAAUGAUAAAAUUGAAAAAGAAUUACAAAAUUUAAAUGAAGAAUUAGAAGUUUUUAA